AUGGCACCUUCUCUUUCCUCUACAUAUUCGAAUCGCCCUGUAUCGCAAGGAUCGCCAUCCGAUAAGGAGAAUCGCUCAAGUGCAACGGGGAUCACUAAGAGAAACCAACCGCAAACGAUGGCACAUGCCCGUAGAGCUAAGCGAGCUCGACUAUCAACAAGAGACUCUAAUGUGCAAGCCACUCAGUCUCAAGUAGCAUCGCAGACGACACGGAAUAGUGCCAAUCAGUUUUACGAUCCGGAUCAAGACCACCGAGAAAGGCGACAAGUUCGUAAGGGCCUGAGAGAUUUGACGCGGGACCUCAACGACUCUAGAAAUGAAUAUCUACAGUCCGGAAAUCAGGGCCUGCGUGACACCAUCAAGAAAGCGAACGAGAUCUUUGAGAAUGUCAAGCAGACUUCUGACGCAACCAUCGAUUCACGGUUGCUUGUUCAAGCGGCAGAUCUCUCAUACAAAAAGACGGCACAGUUGGUGCUGGGAGACGCCAGUGCAGGAAUAGAUGUGGACGAGUUUGUCUCGAAGUGUAUCUCUUUUAUGCGCCGGGCACCUGCGGAUUCCCAAGAUUCGAUGCCUUCCAGCACCCAACGGCGGCGGACGGGUAUCGGAAGGACUCAAAUGGACCCCAACGACAGCGACGAGGACCAAGGGGAUGCGAUGAACUGGGACUGGCUCGGACGCGCUGCUUGUUUCUGUAGUAAUGCCCGACCAUCAGUUCCUGGCUUCCUACUGGGACCGCUUUCGGUACAGAAGCGCGUCCGACAGCAACCUGUACGAAGAGCCCGUGAACGAAUUGACCCAGCACGGGCCGUUGCACCGCAAGAGCUGCAGGAAAAGGACCUGGACAGGCAAGAAACAUCGAAUUUGACUACUAUGUGUGCCAGCAUCAAUCGGCUUUUGGCAAGAACCCAAAACAACGGACAGGACGUGGUAGAGGCAGAAUUGUCGCAGUUAUCCGAGGAGCCCGACGAAGAUACGGUGCAAGAGGUGAUGGCGAGGAACAAUGUAGCCGAUGAUGGAGGUGUUCCUCUGUUCCAGUUCUGCAUCAACCCAAAUUCUUUCGGACAAAGUGUAGAGAAUCUAUUCUACGUUAGCUUUUUGGUCCGGGAUGGCUUGGUUGGAAUCGCAGUGGAUAGCCGGGGCCUGCCCACUUUGCAUUCUGCAAAGCCUCAUGCGCCUAGUGAAGCCCAGAGAUUGGGCAUCAAGAAGCGUCAGGCCAUUUUCACACUCGACUUUGAGACUUGGCAAGAAUUGGUCCAAGUCUAUGACAUCAAGGACCCCAUCAUUCCUCAUCGGGAGGAAGAGACGCAAAAUACAGCACAAUCCUGGCAAGGAUAA